AGCAAAAGAAGCUAAUGGAUGGCCAGACAAUAGAAGAGUAGCAAUUGCAGCAGGAAUGUUAAGGGAAAAAGCAGCUGACUGGUAUAACUUAGAUGGAGAUACAAAUACAGGAUUCAGGGAAAGAUUCCUAGCAUGUUUCUCAUCACAAGAAAAAUUACAUAGAUGGCAAUAUGAACUAAUGAAUCUGAAACAAGGAAAUGAAAAGGUUGAGACUUAUGCAUCUAGAUUUAAGAAGCUAGCAAACAAAAUAAAUGCAGGAGGAAUUCCAGACGCCUUUAAAGAACUAGUAACUUUAGUUGCAAUUCAAAACCCAGCUAAUUUAGAUGCUGCCAUUACUCAAGCUAAAACUGUUGAA